AUUUAUUUGCAUUCUGUAACAAAUAUCAAAUCUAGCAUCAUGUCACAUCAGAAAUUGUUGCUGCAUUUGAGAGCUAUACUACAAAUUCUGCUUGCAAUUUCACUAGUCUUGAACUAUGCCGAAAUUGAAGCAAGACACAGCCUAUCUGAGGCUGAAGAUUUAGAAUUGGAGAGGCAAUUAAAGCUUCUAAAUAAACCAGCUAUCAAGACCAUUAAGGGCAAAUAUGGAGAAGUAUACGACUGCGUGGACUUUUAUAAACAACUUGCAUUCGACCAUCCUCAAUUGAAAAAUCACAACUUCCAUCCCGAAAUGAAACCUACCUUGCACACUUUACAAGGAGAUGACACUUCUUCAAACGUUAAUAGACCUUUUAACAUAGAGUUAGAAGGCAGAGGUUGUCCUACUAGAACAGUUCCGAUUAAAAGAAUUACUAAAGACGAUCUAAUAAGACAAAUACAUUUAUCACAAGUCGGAGACGCAAAUGAUUCUCCUGAUGAUGAUGAUAUAAAGUUCAGUCUUUCAUAUGGAACCAGAAAUGAGAUUACUCUAGGAGGACUCGAGUUUGCAACCGUGCAAAUCCCAGACAAUCCAACAAACAAAUUGGCAGGAGCAGGGGCAAUUCUUAGCCUGCAUAAUCCUCAAAUUUAUGAGCAUCAAUUUACUGGAGGCUUUAUUAAGGUUCAAAAUGGGAUUGACAACAUACAAGUUGGAUGGAUAGUGAAUCCAGAUCUCUAUGGAGACAACCGUACACGAUCAUACAUAUAUUUAAAGACAGGAAAAUCAGCCUGUUUUAAUACUAGAUGUCCUGGUUUUGUACAUGUAAACUCAGCAAUACCUUUAGAUGGAGAACUACUUAGCUCUACUUAUGGUGGACCUAUUUAUGAUAUACCAAUGUAUAUUGCUCGUGAUGCGUCCAAUGGAAAUUGGUGGUUUAGAAUCGGAUCAAACUAUACAGGAGUUGGAUUUUGGCCAGCAAAGAUAUUUACAAAGUUAAAUGGAUUUGCAACAAGUGCUGAAUAUGGAGGAGUUGCACAUAGUAAUCGAGGGGAUCCAGAUAUACCUUCCAUGGGUGGUGGUUAUUUACCAGCUGGAAACCUGACAAAAGAUGGAUAUUGUAGGAAGAGUAUCUUCAUAAAUGAUAAAAAUCAAAUGAAGUCUUUAAUUGAUAUUCCAGUGAAAUUAUAUGCAAGUAAUCCACAUUGGUAUAAGGUGGCUGAUUCUCCUGACUCUAAGGAUAUAUUUGGUAAUUUAGUCCUAUAUGGAGGACCCCUAUAUGAAUAUAGUUGACAACAUAUAACAUAUAGUAGUACUAAAUAAGAACUUCUUUUGCAUUGAUCUAUAUAAAAAUUGUUGGUGGAUAACUUUUAGAUUAUUACUGCCUCCGUUUCAGU